GGCGCUCGGCGGGAUGGGGGGACACGGGGACAGCUACUACGGCAAACACGGAACGCCGCAGAAAUAUGACCCGACUUUCAAAGGGCCCAUCUAUGACAGGGGCUGCACCGAUGUCAUCUGCUGCGUCCUGCUGGUGGUGGCCAUCGUGGGCUACGUCGUGGUCGGCGUCGUGGCCUGGACCCACGGGGACCCGCGCAAGGUGAUCCACCCCACGGACAGCCGCGGGCAGUUCUGCGGGCAGCCGGGGACCCCCAACGAGAAAAAACCUUUCCUUUUUUACUUUGACAUCGUCAAGUGCGCGAGCCCGCUGGUGCUGCUGGAGUUCCAGUGCCCGACCACGCAGAUCUGUGUCAGCAAGUGCCCGGACCGGUACCUGACGUACCUGACGGCCUCGGGGAACCCCGCCUCGCUCGAGUAUUACCGCAGUUUCUGCACCCCCGAGUACAAGGGCACGCAGAAGGCUGCCCUCAACGUGCUGAAGGACAGAGAGUGUCCGGCCAUGCUCAUUCCCAGCACCCCACUGGCGCGGAGAUGCUUCCCGGCCAUCCAGGCCAAGAAGGGCGUCAUCAUGGUGGGCAACAAGACGACCUACGAGGACGGCUGGGGGAACCACAGGAAUGUCACCGAGCUGCUGGAAGGGGCCAAGAAAGCCAACGUGGUGCUGGAGACGCGGCAGCUGGCCAUGAAGAUCUUCGAGGAUUACACGGUGUCCUGGUACUGGAUCAUCAUAGGCCUCGUCAUUGCCAUGGUGGCCAGCCUCAUCUUCAUCGUGCUGCUGCGCUUCCUGGCGGGGGUCAUGGUGUGGGUGAUGAUCGUGAUGGUGAUCCUGGUGCUGGGAUACGGAAUCUUCCACUGCUACAUGGAAUAUGCCAAGCUAAAAGGGGAAGCGGGGUCGGAUAUGUCCCUGACAGACCUGGGCUUCCAGACCGACCUCCGUGUGUACCUGCACCUGCGGCAGACCUGGCUGGCGUUCUUGAUCAUCCUGUGCGUGCUGGAGCUGGUGAUCGUCCUGCUGCUCAUCUUCCUGCGCAAGAGGAUCCUCAUCGCCAUCGCGCUCAUCAAGGAGGCCAGCAGGGCUGUCGGUCACGUCAUGUCGUCGCUGCUGUUCCCCUUGUGCACCUUCUUCUUGCUGUGCCUCUGCAUCGCCUACUGGGCCAGCACUGCCGUCUUCCUGUCCACCUCCAACGAGGCCGUUUACAAGGUGUUCAACGAGUCCGCGUGUCCGUUCGCUGGGCAGACCUGCAGGCCCGAGACCUUCAACACCAGCAACGUCACCAAGCUGUGCCCCGACGCCCAGUGCCUGUUCGCCUUCUACGGCGGCGAGACCGCCUACCACAAGUAUCUCGUCGCGCUGCAGUUCUUCAACGUCUUCAUGUUCUUCUGGCUCGCCAACUUCGUCAUCGCGCUGGGCCAGGUGACGCUGGCAGGCGCCUUCGCCUCCUACUACUGGGCCUUCAAGAAGCCCGACGACAUGCCGGCCUUCCCGCUCUUCUCCGCCUUCGGCCGCGCGCUCCGGUACCACACGGGCUCGCUGGCCUUCGGCUCGCUGAUCCUGGCCAUCGUCCAGGUGAUCAGGGUCAUCCUGGAGUACCUGGACCACCGGCUGAAAGCCGCCGAGAACAAGUUUGCCAAGUUCCUCCUGGGCUGCCUCAAGUGCUGCUUCUGGUGCCUGGAGAAAUUCCUCAAGUUCCUCAACAGGAACGCCUACAUCAUGAUCGCCAUCUACGGCACCAACUUCUGCACCUCGGCCCGGAACGCGUUCUUCCUGCUGAUGAGGAACAUCAUCAGGGUGGCCGUGUUGGAUAAAGUCACGGAUUUCCUCUUCUUCCUCGGCAAGCUCCUCAUCGUGGGAAGCGUGGGGAUCCUCGCCUUCUUCUUCUUCACCCAGCGGAUAAAGCUGGUCCAGGACACGGCGCCGCCGCUCAAUUACUACUGGGUGCCCAUUCUGACGGUGAUCGUGGGCUCCUACCUCAUUGCCCACGGGUUCUUCAGCGUCUACGGCAUGUGCGUGGACACCCUGUUCCUCUGCUUCUUGGAAGACCUGGAGCGCAACGACGGCUCGGCGGAAAAGCCCUACUUCAUGUCCCAGGACCUGAGGAAGCUGCUCAAGAAGACCAACAAGGGCCAGCCCGACGCGUAGCGCCGCCUGUCCCGCGUGGAACC